GAGGGGCGGUGGCGUCCCAGGGCGAGGCGCUGACGUGAGUUCGGCGCACCUGGGUUGGGCAGGUAAGGGCCGGUGCGGGACACGGAGCGGAGCUCCAAGACUCUACCUGCGCAAAGCCAGGUGUGCUUGGCGGACCGAUCAAGGAGAGCUGUGGCGACGGGAGAUCUUAACUGGGGACGUGGUUUGGAGGGACGUCCGCUUCUUGUCGCCGGACUGAGAAAAGAGUCUUUGGCCAGCCCAGAGGAAGGAGAGUUGACUUGAGGCCCAGCUCUUUGGAUCCCCGUGGAUACACUGCCCGCUCAUCUCUAUCAUGGCCCUCCACCCCCGCAGAGUUCGGCUGAAGCCCUGGCUGGUGGCCCAGGUGGAUAGUGGCCUGUACCCCGGGCUCAUCUGGCUACACAGGGACUCCAAACGCUUCCAGAUUCCCUGGAAACAUGCCACCCGGCAUAGCCCCCAACAAGAGGAGGAAAAUACCAUUUUCAAGGCCUGGGCUGUGGAGACAGGGAAGUACCAGGAAGGGGUGGAUGACCCUGACCCAGCUAAAUGGAAGGCCCAGCUCCGCUGUGCUCUCAACAAGAGCAGGGAAUUCAACCUGAUGUACGAUGGCACCAAGGAGGUACCCAUGAACCCGGUGAAGAUAUACCAAGUGUGUGACAUCCCGCAACCUCAGGGAUCAAUCAUUAACCCAGGAUCCACUGGAUCUGCUCCUUGGGAUGAGAAGGAUAAUGAUGUAGAUGAAGAAGAUGAAGAAGAUGAGCUUGAUCAGUCACAGCACCAUGUUCCCAUCCAGGACACUUUCCCCUUCCUGAACAUCAAUGGUUCUCCCAUGGCACCAGCCAGUGUGGGCAACUGCAGCCCUGAAGCAGUGUGGCCCAAAACUGAGCCUCUGGAAAUAGAUGUACCCCAGGCACCUAUACAGCCCUUCUAUAGCUCUCCAGAGCUGUGGAUCAGCUCUCUCCCAAUGACUGACUUGGACAUCAAGUUUCAGUACCGUGGGAAGGAAUAUGGGCACACCAUGACCGUGAGCAACCCCCAGGGCUGCCGGCUCUUCUAUGGGGACCUGGGUCCCAUGCCUGACCAAGAGGAACUCUUUGGUCCCGUCAGUCUGGAGCAGGUGAAGUUCCCAGGUCCAGAGCAUAUCACCAAUGAGAAGCAGAAGCUGUUCACCAGUAAGCUGCUAGACGUCAUGGACAGAGGACUGAUCCUGGAGGUCAGCGGUCAUGCCAUUUAUGCCAUCAGGCUGUGCCAGUGCAAAGUAUACUGGUCUGGGCCAUGUGCCCCAUCACUUGUUGCCCCCAACCUGAUUGAGAGACAAAAGAAGGUCAAACUGUUUUGCCUGGAAACGUUCCUUAGUGAUCUCAUUGCCCACCAGAAAGGACAGAUAGAGAAGCAGCCACCAUUUGAGAUCUACUUAUGCUUUGGGGAAGAAUGGCCAGAUGGGAAACCCCUGGAAAGGAAACUCAUCUUGGUUCAGGUCAUUCCAGUGGUAGCUCGGAUGAUCUACGAGAUGUUUUCUGGUGAUUUUACACGGUCCUUUGACAGUGGCAGUGUCCGCCUGCAGAUCUCAACUCCAGACAUCAAAGAUAACAUCGUUGCUCAACUGAAGCAGCUGUACCGCAUCCUCCAAACCCAAGAAAGCUGGCAGCCCAUGCAGCCUGCCCCCAGCAUGCAACUCCCCCCUGCCCUGCCAGCCCAGUAACCAUGAAUGCCAUCUUUUUUUACAAUAUUGUACAUAGCGGUAUUUUUUAUUAUUCAGAUUUAACCAGCUUUUGAACCUCUUCUUUCUAACAAUGUUAGUGGCCUCCAAUUCUCCACAGUAUGCCUGGCUUUUAAAGUUGAUUUAAUUUAUGGAAAAAAAUCACCUUUCAUAGUUCCCCUUUCUUUUUUGAAACCUCCCAGUGUUAGGGUAAUGUAGUAGAGGGAGAUUUGGCCUGGGACUUUGGACACCAACAUUCUAGCUGCAGCUCUGCUUCCGUGACCUUGAACUACUCAUUUAACCUCUAGGCUUCAGAUUCAUUACUGUAAAAUGAAGGGGUUGGAACAGUGCCUGACAUAAUGCCAGUUAAAACUCUGACCUGAUGACUUCAUUCUACUUGUACAAGGCAUAACUGCCUGGAAUAGAACCCUUCUGCGUUGUUCUUGCACCACAUUUUUUUUUCUUGCUUUCAUUAAAGUUCCCUCAAGCACUGAUUUGUCCAAGAUUGAUCUCCGUUUGACCAGUUCUGCUAGUAUAGGAAGCUGGCUCCCUGACGGAGUAAGGGAGAGGGAGGGGAGCUGGCUGGUUGCUUAGCAACCAAGCUUGAUAUCUAAAUAGAAAUAGGUGCCAAAGUCUGAAAAGCCACCUGGUCUGUGGAGUAAACGCUCAUAAACUGAGCUCCUCAAGGGAAUCUGUCAGCAAAAGGCCUAGGGAUUCUGCACAGUUGCUUGUCAGGUGUUUACCUUGCCACCACUAAGUAACACUCCGAGUGUGGUAGGUGAGAAUGUAUGACUCAGUGGUACCUUUCAGAGAGCAUAGAGCUUUUUCUUCUCUCUUCUUUUUGAGGAAUAGCUGGGAGUGAGCUGGGCAUCUAGGACAAAUUCCUGACUGAAAAAGGGACAGUUCCUUUUUGUUUGAAAACUUUUACAGUUUUGCUAUCAUUUGGACUUUUUGCAGUUGAAAAAAUGUAUUCAGGGUGAAGGAGGACUGGGCAGUGCUCUUCUGCCAAAGGCUCAUCUGGCCCAAAUCUACUUGUCCCCCUUCUUGUGGAGGUAGCUGGGUGUGAACUAUUUAAAGGUGAAGAGUGGUGUAGAACACUGUAGCUAUGGCUGCCACAGACUGGUCUUAUCUAUUAACUCUUGCUCCGUCUUCCAUUUUUUUGCCCUACCCACAACCUUAAAAAAAAAAAAAAGACAGUAUAAUUUAAACUCCAAGACCUAAAUGGAAAGCAAGAUAUUAAUCUCUGGUUGCAGGCCUCUAAUGCUCUUGAAUACUGAUGCCUCUCUGUGCCAGGCCAUUAUAAGAAAACCCAUGUCUAGUGUACUACCCUUAAACUAGGCCAUCCAGGCCAUCCCCUACUUGCUACUGUAGUUGAACUAGCUGAAAAAUCAGGUAGCUUCAAAAGCCAUAAGCUCAAUUUGGUUACAGGUGGCAGUGGGACUUACUUAGAAUGCUGAAGCUAUGGUUUUAGGAUCUCUAAGGGACGUAGUGGGAUCUGCUGUUAAACUAAAGCAUGACCAAGAUAAAUCUGGGUAAAUGUCAGGUGCUCAGCUGUGAGCAGCAUUUGGGCUUCUAGAGACCAGGAAACAUGCAAGGUACAGAAACUUUGUGAUUUUUGGUCAUUUUAGUUGAGUGGGUAACAUGGAGGGUUUAGUUUUGGUGUCUGGCUAACUCUGUAACUGCACAGCUCAAAGUUAAAAAGGUAAAUUGGGAGGGCAACUGCUAGAUCUGGGUUGUCCUUUUCCCUUAUGCUGUGAAACACUAAUAGCCAGGCUCUCCAUCUGGAUGGAGGCCCAGAAAAUAUGAGCUGGCAAAAGGUGAUGAAGAUUGUGUUCUGAAGGGCCAAGAAGGAUCAAACUUGUAUGUAACUGUAAUGAAAAGUUUACAAAGAUGCCAGAGGAAUGGA